AUGACGACCGCAACGACGACAUUUGCUCUGUGCCGAGUCCUUCUCUCCCAUGCAAUUUCCCCCCUGGCAAAAAUCAGAAAAAUUUCAAACGCUGCUCUCUUCUGCAUUUUGCAGCUGAAUCACAAAGUACACGGCCACCUCUUCCAUGCAAAUAGUUAUAUGGUUCUGGCCCUUCACACUCACCUUGCUCCUAAAGACCUAUCUCCUGAACCGUUUUCAUCGUCGUCUCGGUUGCUUCCGCAUCUAAAUAAGAUCAACGAUUGUCUUUCUGAAUACACAGAGUCUCCAAAUGCCUCGAUUCAAUGGUAUCGUCUGCUCGCUGUCCUCUUUCAUAAUCAAAAAGUUCCCAAAAAUAGUGUCGAUAGAGAUUUGCUUAUUCUGCCUCCACCCGUCUCCAUGGAUAAUCGGCUCUUGAUGGCUAGUGCACAUCUACCAAUCUGUUUCGAUAUCUUGAAGAAGUAUGCUGCAAAACACUCAAAUAUGCCCCAAGAUUUCAAACGCCAGGAACCGACAAAUUCCAUACGAUUUGCAUUAGAUUAUAUUAAUCAGCAUGCACACGAUGCCGGGUUGAGAGGUCAGAUCAGUGCAAUAGUGCAAGACUUGCAGACCAUUUCAAACUGUCUUAUCAAGUUAAGCGAAUUGCGAAGGAAUUCCAUUGGGUCGCAGACAGUAGAGAAAGAAGACCAGCAUUUUAUCAUUGAGACACUCGUCGAACUAGCCUCCGCCUGCCGCCUCGUCCCAGAAUUGAGACAAUAUUGGCUUCUACGUUUGACCGAAGUUCAUCUCCAUUUUAAACAAUUGACAGAGGCUGCUCAGACCCUUCUACAUACCCUUGCACUCGAUAUUGAGCAGUUAGUGAGUAGAAAAAGUGCUUCUCUUCCAAUGAGUCUUUCGGAUGGUCUUAAUAGUAUGGCUCGUCAAUUAUUCGUUCCGAAUGUUAUGGAGGAAUCGGCCCUAGAACAUGCAGUUGGCUUACCAGUUCCUUUCAUAGUAUCCGGUGAAUAUAGCCAAGAGAAAAUGACCGUUGGAGAAGCUGGAAAACGAUUCUCUGAGUUGGCAGAAAAAGUUAUCAAAUGUUUUCGUCUGGCCGAACAAUUUGAGUUGAUACCACCCGUUUGUGAAUGGAUCAUGCAAAUCCUAAGCACUCUCGGUGAGGAGGACAACUUGAGCAACAUUAAGAGAUUUCUCGAAGAAUUGGAAGAUGAUUCCACUCAUUCACCCCAACUCUUCGGUACAUACUUUAGAGUCGGGUUUUACGGUAGCCUUUUCGGUGAUCAAGAUAGAAAAGAAUACAUUUAUAAAGAAGCACCUUUAACCAAACUUCCAGAGAUAGCAUCUAGACUACAGGAUUACUAUUCCAACCAACAAGGAGGAAAACCGGUUGAAGUUAUAAGGGAUUCAAAUCCAGUUGUUGACAAGAAUCUCAGUGGUACAACUGCUUACUUACAAAUAACCUACGUUGAGCCGUAUUUCGAAGAAUUUGAACUUCGAAAGCGAAAGAGUGAAACUCAACGGAAUUACGGAAUUAAACGAUUUGUCAUGGUCAUACCAUUCACUCAAAAGGGUUCAGCACACGGCGGUAUUUCUGAACAGUAUAAAAGGAAAGUUAUUCUCGAGGUGCCCCGAACUUUUCCCUACCUCAGCACACGUCUCCCUGUGAUUUCUCGAAAAGAGUUAAUCCUUUCACCCAUUGAAGUGGCACUAGAAGAUGUUGCCAAGCGUAAUCAGCAACUUGCAGUGGCGAUUAAUACCGAUCCUCCUGAUGCAAAGUUUCUUCAAAUGGCUAUCCAGGUGAGCCCUCUUCUUCUAUCAUUCAAUUCAUAA